AUGUACAGCUCCAGCUAUUCCCGGGCCAAGUUUGGCCUGGAGGGAAGGGGACCUCUUCACAGCCCCAAAGGGAAGAGUUGCGGCUACUACAUGAGGAUUGUCUUCUUCUUUUCCUCUCUGAUCCAGUCCCUCAUCAUCGUCAGCUUGGUGCUCUUCCUCAUCUAUGGACAGCCCGAGAAGUCUGCAGAGGAGAAAAGAGUGAAGGAGCUGGAGCUGAACUUCAACAGGCUGAGCGAGAACAACAUCCAGCUAAGGAAAGAGAAAGCGGACUUGGGAGCUCAACUGGCAGCUCGCACAACUGAGAAAGGUGCUCUGGAGAAAGACAUUGAGAAGUUGAAGACUGAUGCCAACAGCACAGAGUUCGAAUUGAAAAUUAAAUUAGCUAACUGUGAGAGGACGACUGCAACAACACGUAGCAUGAUGAUGCGGUGUUCCACUCCGAUACAGCCUCCUGUCACUUCAAGCAGUGAAUUAAGGACCUUGAAGAGCCUCAAUGCCCAGCAGAACGCCAUGAUAAACCUCAUUGAGGCAAACUUCACCCAGAUGGUUCAGUAUCUGACCCAGGACAGAGACAACGCCCUCAAGGACAGAGACGUAUAUCACCAGGACACCAUCACCCUGCGCAGGGAUAACACCAUGCUGAAAGAACAGAUCACCACCUAUGCCAAGAAAUGCAAAGAGGACUUUGCUCAUUCACUAGACGGCAUCCAAACGGUGACCAGUGAUUUCCUGAACAAGAUCAAUAACCUGUUUCCACACCAGCUGACCUUUCACCUCACCUGUGAGCGCCAGCAGGAGCAAAUGGAGAAGAUAAGAAACAGCUGCACUAAUCUGUCCAGAGACGUGGAGAAUAAGUUUCAGAUGUACUUAGACAAAGUGGGCAACAAGGUUGCAGAGAUCCAAGGCCUGUCAAGUCGUCUGGUGGUGCAAAACUCACACAUGUCCAUAGCCCUGCAGAACUGUGAGUCCAGUGCCACUAAGACACUCCGUGAAAACACCGAACAGCUGCAGCUCAAGCAAAAGAAUCAUGAUGACCAGAUGGAGAAAUUACUGAUAGAGCAGAAUCGAUUGAGAGACCAGAAGAAACUGCAAGAGGACAGUUUGGCACUGAGAGAGAGAGAGCUGCAGACUCUGAAAGAAAUGGUCUCUGCUCAGCCCAAUUGCAAGCUUAGUCUCCCAAAAGCUCUUGGCUUUGACGCGGGCUCACAGCCGAACAGACAAACUGUCCCCAACUGGCCUGCUAUUGGAGCACCUGUUCCCAAAAAACCUCCAGCGGUGAGAUAAAAUGAACCAUCUGUGUAAUCAUUCAAAGCACCGGUAUUAUGCCACAGCGAUCAACAUUCUGCCUUUAAAGAAUUAAAGGAAAUCAUUCUGGACACACUUCACCAAACACAUCCUGUAAAUAUUCUGACUCCAGAUGAAUGACAUAUCUUGUGUUUUUGCUCUGUGCAUGUC